GUGAAUCUCCCCCCUCGCGCCGAAUGGUUCAGUCUCAAGAUGGCGGCCUCCAUCCUGCAGCGCGGUCUGUCUCCUCUACAAACUUUUACUAAAUGCGUCAGUUACAGAUCGAUCGCCAGGAGAUGUCUGCUGUCGUCGGCGUACACAGACCCUGCUGUUUGGGAGCAGAGACCGAGAGAUGCACAGGACCUGGGUCAGCUGGCCUCUCUGAUGGACAGAACGUAUGCGAGGAAGUUUCCCGUCAGCUCUUUGGUCAUCGCCAGGUUCGUAGAUAAUUUAUCAUCAAAAGAGGAAGUCGAUCAAGCACAAUAUUACCUAUAUAAGUUUCGUCACAGUCCAAACUGUUGGUAUCUUCGGGACUGGACCAUCCACAGCUGGAUCCGACAUUGUCUUAAAUACGGAGCCAGAGAUAAAGCCCUUUACACGCUGAAGAACAAGUGGCAGGAGGAGAGGAACGUGGGAGCGUCUCUGAUGUUGGCUGGACUGAAGCAGGAGAACUCUGUCGGUUUCAGCGCUCGGCUUCUGGGAUUGGCUCUUAUUGGUAAAGUCGAGCUGUCCAGAGGAAUUCACGCCGUGUUUCACGAGAUGCCCCUGAUCUGGACCUCUGGUUAUCUUGGGCGAGCCCUCGCUGUCAUGGACGCUGUGUGUGACUUCAGAGACAUCAAGUUAUCUGAGGAAGUUCUGGAUCAUGUGGAGAAGAUAUUGCAGGAUCUCUCAGUGAACGCUGAUGGACAGAACGUCACUGAUACACCGCUGGAGGAGGAAGAUGAGCUGGAGACACAGAAACUACCAGAGUACAUCAACCGCUUCAAGGAGCUGAAGGAGAGACUCGUGUCCCAGGACAGGAUCGACUCGAGGAGCCUGGAGUCUCUCGUAUCGGCUCUGACGCAGCAGACGCUGGCAGCCUGUGAAAACGCAGAUAUCGCUGAAUAUCAGCAGACGGUGAGCGUCUGGGAAGCUGAGCUGCAGCAGCUCAUUCAGAGAGAAAGAGAGACGAAAGAGAAGAACCAGAAGAGCGUCUGAGCAAACAGUGACCGCCGUCCUCCAGACACAGCAUUGUUUGUCAUGUUUAUUGUCUUUGGUUGGGCCGAUUGAGAUAGAGGUUUGUGUGUUAAUAUUAUUUGGAUUCUUUUUCAAUGCCGUGUAAAUCUGAACAGUAUAAAUAAACAAUGAAAAUACUCUUAUAUUUAGUCUCGGCCCUUUCAUACCGUAUGCACUGGAAUAACAGGAUUUACUCCGUUUGGAUUUGUAAUGUUUCUGAAAGAAGUCUCUUCUGCUCGCCAAAUCUGCUUUGA